GAUAACAAUGCAGCAGCCUGCAGUGUGUCACCUGCCAAAUGAAGAUGUGGAAGUCCUGAAUUCCGAGUAUGGAAAGAACGUGAUUAAACUCCUUCGCAUUAGAAGAGAUGACAAGAAACACUUCAUUAAAGAAGUGGAAGCUUGUGUACAUAUUAGACUGGAUUCUGUCAAUGAGUACUUGCGUGGAGAAAAUUCUGCUGUUAUCCCUACUGACACCAUGAAGAACAUCGUCUUAGCUUUGGCAAAAUGCAAAGGGAUCCAAACUAUAGAACAAUUUGCCCUGGAUAUCUGCAAUCACUUCAUUUCCUCAUAUUGUCAUGUGGUGUACGUCAAGGCCUAUGUUCAAGAGGUACCAUGGCGGCGUCUAGAAAAGAAUGGAAUUCCCCAUGUCCAUUCCUUUAUCUGUGUUCCUGAAGGAAUUCGCUUUUGUGAAGCCGAACAGUGUCAGAAUGGUUGUCCACUUGUUAUCUCUGGAAUUAAAGAGCUGAAACUUAAGAAAACAACACAGUCUGGAUUUGAAGGCUUUCACAGGGACAAAUACACCACGAUUCCUGACCGGACCGACAGGGUUUUAAGUGCAGAACUAUUCUGCAAGUGGUCCUAUGGCGAGUGUCAAGAUAUUGACUUUGACUGCGUAUGGGACACUGUUCACGAGAGUGUCCUUGAGGCAUUUUCUGGGCCACCUGACUGUGGGGAAUACUCACCCUCUCACCAGAAGACUGUCAACAAUAUUCAGAUGCUCACCCUGGCAAGAAUUCCACAGAUACAGGAGAUUGAAGUCACCUUGAACAACAUUUAUUAUGAUGAGAUAGACCUGAAGAAAUUUGGAUUGACCAAUGAGAAGGAGGUUCUGAUCCCAGUGGAGAUUCCCUAUGCUUCUUAUACAUGCACUCUCGGUAGGAAGAAGUGCUUAAGAGAGCAAGCCUAAGAUGCAAGAGAUGAGCAGCAAGUCAAUUGGAUGGAUGUUUUGACAAGGGACCAACUGAACAUAUGGGCUCUAUUCACACAUAUAGGACACACUUACCAUGUGGCUUUCUUUUCAGAAUGUAUCCAUUCCAUUCAUUGACCUGACUUUUCCCUCUACAAAUUACAGAGAUUGGGAUUUUGAAAAGAGCCUAAGGAAUUCAGCUAACCAAAUCCCAAUGAAUCUCAAUAGGAUUUGUGCACCUAAUUCCCUUGGGUUCUUUGGAAAUCCCAGCCAGAAACAUUAAAAUCAGUUCAUUAGAAGUCAGUUAUUUUUAGGCUUAUUAUGAAAGUUCCAGUUAAUUAGUUAAUGUCUGUAAUGUACUUUGCACAUUUAAAAUCCUAAAUAGGUUCUAUACAUUAUUUAUUAAUGUUCGUGCAUUAAUUCAUUCUUCCUAUUAACACUCAAAUUAAUUUACUGGCAUGCGACCAAAUUUUUAGGUAUGACU